CCCAGCCGGUGCGCGGGAGCCGCCGGGGCAAAGUCGCGGCGGCCGGCCGGCUGCGCGAUCUCUGGCUCCCUCGCUCGCUCUCUGCUCUCAGGGGAAGGCAAGCCGGGAAGCCCCGGUAACCCGCCCUCCAAGAUGAAGAAGCUCCAGGGAGCUCACCAUCGCAAGCCCAUUACCCCAGACCUACUGAUGACCCCCAGUGACCAGGGGGACGUGGACCUGGAUGUGGACUUUGCCGCGGACCGGGGGAACUGGACAGGCAAACUGGACUUCCUGCUGUCCUGCAUCGGCUACUGCGUGGGCCUGGGGAAUGUCUGGCGCUUCCCCUACCGAGCCUACACCAACGGAGGAGGUGCCUUCCUCGUGCCCUACUUCCUCAUGCUGGCCAUCUGUGGCAUCCCCCUCUUCUUCCUCGAGCUCUCUCUGGGCCAGUUCUCCAGCCUGGGACCCCUGGCCGUCUGGAAAAUCAGCCCCCUCUUCAAAGGUGCCGGCGCGGCCAUGCUGCUCAUCGUAGGCCUGGUGGCCAUCUACUACAACAUGAUCAUCGCCUACGUCCUCUUCUACCUCUUCGCCUCCCUCACCAGCAACCUGCCCUGGGAACACUGUGGCAACUGGUGGAACACAGACCUCUGCCUUGAGCACAGAGGCUCCAAGGAUGGCAAUGGAGCCCUGCCCCUCAACCUCACCAGCACCGUCAGCCCCAGCGAGGAGUACUGGAGCCGCUACGUUCUCCACAUCCAAGGCAGCCGGGGCAUUGGCAGUCCUGGGGAGAUCCGCUGGAACCUCUGCCUCUGCCUGCUGCUUGCCUGGGUCAUCGUGUUCCUCUGUAUCCUCAAGGGUGUGAAGUCUUCGGGCAAGGUGGUAUAUUUCACGGCCACGUUCCCCUACCUCAUCCUGCUCAUGCUGCUGGUCCGAGGAGUCACCCUCCCAGGGGCCUGGAAGGGCAUCCAGUUCUAUCUCACCCCUCAGUUCCACCAUCUGUUGUCUUCCAAGGUGUGGAUCGAAGCUGCUCUUCAGAUCUUCUACUCCCUGGGUGUGGGCUUCGGGGGUCUCCUCACUUUUGCCUCCUACAACACGUUUCACCAGAACAUCUAUAGAGACACCUUCAUCGUCACUCUGGGCAACGCCAUCACCAGCAUCCUGGCUGGCUUCGCCAUCUUCUCCGUGCUGGGCUACAUGUCUCAGGAGCUGGGUGUGCCUGUGGACCAAGUGGCCAAAGCAGUUUGCCUUCCUGGAGACCAUUGUGACAGCUGUGACAGACGAGUUCCCGUAUUACCUGCGGCCCAAGAAGGCUGUGUUCUCGGGGCUCAUCUGCGUGGCCAUGUACCUGAUGGGGCUGGUCCUCACCACCGACGGGGGCAUGUACUGGCUGGUGCUUCUGGACGACUACAGCGCCAGCUUCGGGCUAAUGGUGGUGGUGAUCACCACGUGCCUCGCCGUCACCCGGGUGUAUGGCAUCCAGAGGUUCUGCCGGGACAUCCACAUGAUGCUGGGCUUCAAGCCGGGCCUGUACUUCAGGGCCUGCUGGCUGUUCCUGUCCCCGGCCACGCUUCUGGCCCUGCUGGUAUACAGCAUCGUCAAGUACCAGCCCUCAGAGUACGGCAGCUACAGAUUCCCAGCCUGGGCAGAGCUGCUGGGCAUCCUGAUGGGCCUGCUGUCCUGCCUCAUGAUCCCAGCCGGCAUGCUGGUGGCCGUGCUCCGGGAGGAGGGCUCGCUCUGGGAGCGGCUCCAGCAGGCCAGCCGACCGACCAUGGACUGGGGCCCAUCGCUGGAGGAGAACCGGACUGGCAUGUACGUGGCCACGCUCGUGGGGAGCCAGUCACCCAAGCCACUGAUGGUGCACAUGCGCAAGUACGGGGGCAUCACCAGCUUCGAGAACACUGCCAUCGAGGUGGACCGCGAGAUCGCUGAGGAGGAGGAGUCUAUGAUGUGAGACAGGAGGCAGGCGGACAGCCUGCCCGGCCGCAAAGGGUAGCUGUGCCCUCUGGGGCUCUGAGAGGCCCCGAGGCCGUGGGAGGUUGCCCCGGGUGAUGCCGGUCCCCCGUGCAAGUCCUUUCUUGUGGCCUCUGCCUCUCCUCCGUCUACCUUCUCCGCGCGUGCACACAAACCCACUCAGAGCUCAGCCCUCAUUUCGCAGAUGGAUGAACUGAGGCCAGGGAGGAGGGACUUGCCCAAGGUCACAUGGCGGAGGGGACUGGACGCCAGGCCUGCUGGCAAACCUGCUCCCUUUCUCAUGUGGCAGGUGGGAGCAUCUUCUCAUCUCCGUUCAGGGCCCAGACUCCUCUCUUUUCUAGGGGAGGCUCCCCAUACACUUCGAACAGCCAGAAUCCGAGCUGGGCAGGGACGCCCAGGGCAUGGCAAGGCCCACGAGGCCCCAGGCAUCAAGGGUUAGCAAGUCAGGUGGGAGAAGGACCCCUGAGGACUCAUGUGCCCACCAGGUUUCCUGAAGGAGGUGGGGCCUGAAGGCCCUGCAGGAUGGGGCAAGUUGGGAGGGAGAGAGGAAGAGGAGGGCAGGGGAUGGAGGCCCCCGUGUAACCCCCGUGCCUCCCCUGGAGCCCCGGGCAGACACCAAAGUGUUCCCAGGUUACAGCAGGGUCCAGGUGGGAAUGACGAAUGAGGGGGAGGGGGAGGAGGGACGUGGGGUGGGCAGGGGUUUGCAUGAUCUGGGUGUGCUUUUGAUAGAAUAUCUUUCAGGGUCAGCGUGCAGGGUGGCUUCGAGGGGACAGGGCGGAGGAAGCAGGACUGUGGAGGGCAGGCAAGAGGGGCGGUGGCCUGAGUGAGAGGACCCCACGCUCCCCUCCCCCCCAGAAAAGGGCCGGCAGCCUCCCACACUGGACCCCCGCCCUCUGGUGUAGGGAGCCCUGGGCAUGAUUAGGACAGAGGACACAAGUGGACAGGUGGGAGUGAGGGGUCCUAGUCAGGACCCAAAGCCCCUGCAUUCCCUUCUCCCUGUCCUGGCGGCCCUCACUGUCUCCUCCAGCUCCGGGCACUGCUGGGAAGUUGGCCUUGGCUGUGGACGACCAAGGCAACUAAGAGGCUUGGAGAUGGUCCGCACACGUGGCUGUCUGGUCCUGAUGCUGCCCACCCCUGCUCCGGGUCGCGGGUCCCCGGGGCCCAGGCAUGGAGGGUGGAGCCAGCGAGCCCAGGGCAGCCGACUCCUCAGCCCCGUGGCCAGAGGCCUUGGCAUCUUCAGUCCCCGGCACAGGAGGGGCUGUCCUGGGGCCCCCACUCCCCCCGGAGAGAUGAGGGUGGGGUGUGCGGAUGCCUGAGUAGAGCUUCUGCCCACACGGUGCUCCCCGGCGGGGCGGAGCACCCUCGUGCAGCAGGCCGGCCUCUGUGCCCUUUCUCCUGCUGUCUCCCCAGCCCAUCCAUGUUCCGUCCGUUUGUUGUCAAUAAACACCAAGGAGCUCAUC